GAUACGAUCCCCACCUCCCUUCCCAACGGCUACCUUUCAAAUUUCUUCCUUUUCUCUCCACCUCAAGCUCUUGACACCAAGCUUGGCUGCAGAAAGAGAAGAACAACCAUCAGAAGAAUCUAAAGGGGAAAGAUCGAAAGGAGGAGAGGAAGGAAAAAUGGCGUACGCCUACACGCCAACCUACUACUCCUCCAUCCAAGACACCAUCACCUCUCUGUGCAAAUCCAUCCUCCCCUUCUCCCUCAAAAAUCGGCGCCUCCCUCCAGACCAGAAGCUCGCCAAGCAGCACUCCGACAACCUCAAAUGGCAGCAGGACUCCUUCCACCGGAUCCUCAACCUCAUUGGCCUCCACAAGGAAGGGAUCGUUCCCGAGAGCGACGUCACCGCCUUCCGAUCCCAUCUCCUCGAUACCCUUAUCGCCUCCCCGGCCCAUCCAGAACCAGUUAGCGUGAUCAGAGACAAGCUGCUUUUCUUGCAGGAAUUGUUCUACGCCAAAUGCAUCUCAGCUGAGGAGUACCAUUCUUCCAAGAGGCCUCUGCUGCAGAGGCUCGCGGUGCAGGGGGCGGAGAUCAAUUGCAGAGAUGUGAUCGUUGGGGCCCCAGGAAUGAGCACCGAAGAGUGGUCAGUUAUAGACCUCAGGGACAAAGAGCCCACCAUGACAACUGAAAAGACCAAGCAUAAGACCCCAGUGAAAUCUUUUAUCAGUAAUGUGGCCUCUCCAUACAAAUCAUGGAGGGGGAAGGGGAAGGAGAACUCUAAGAAUCCGAAUAUAAACGCGAUGGAUUCAUCAAAGGUUUCCAUGGAAAAUCCCUUCGGGGAGAAACAUAAAAACAGCAAUAGAAGUUCGAUCCUUAUGCCCGAGAGCUCGCCCCUGGCGGCACCAGUCAAGUCUGAGCCGGCGAAGAGGAAGCCAUUCCAUGCUCUAUUUCAGAGGGAUCAGAAUGAGAACAAGGAGCCCUCCAUUCCUAAGCCUGAAGAGAAAGUGCCGAAAUCUUCGAAGAAGCAAUGGGGUUUCGAUGGGUUUAAGAAAUGGAAGAGAAGUGAUUCUGAAGAUGAGUCCACAACUCCUUACCUGCCUCCAGGAGAGAGAUCUGAUGAUGCUUCACCAAUUCCUUGCACACUCGUUGCCAGCCCGUUCGGAGAAGGCCCCGACACGAAGAAGAGGACAAAGAAAAUGAUGCACUCCGAUGGCUCGGCCUCUAAUUUUUCAAUCGACAAGGUCUUGGGGGAGAACAUAAAAAAGGAGCUCUCUCGAAUCCAAUCGGAAUUAUCUGCAAAGAAUCCAAACCUUAAUUUCUCGAAUGAACAAAUCGAGGCAAUAUCGACAAGGCUUCCUGUCGACAAGGCAGAUCUAAACAAUUUCUUUCCAAAGUCAUGGUGUGACCGGUAUGGCGACAUUGUGCUCGAUGUCGUGAGGAAGGAGUUUAAGGAUCAUGUCAGUGAGAUGGAAACCCUGAGAAAUGCUACAGGAGAGAAGAAUGGAAGUGCAGAGAAAUGGGUAGCUUUUGAAGAUAAUGAUGAGAACAUGCACAUCAACCUCUUCUCCGAGGAUCAAGCACUGUUGAAUCACAAGGUGAAGGAUAAAAGUAAUGGCUGUUUUGCAAACUAUCACUUUCACGAUGAUCAGAAUCCUUUCUGGUCUCCAAGGGGUAAGUGAUAAGAUGGUUUCAUUCUCUCUGUGGGAGGAGAUUCAAGUGUUGAUGGAUCUAUCAGUAGUUUGUAUGUAAUAAUGAGUUAGCUUACUAUCAGUAGUUGAUGGAUUCAAGUGUUGAUGGAUCAAGUGUAAUAAUGAGUUAGCUAACUCAUUAUUAAUGAGUUAGCUUACUAUCAGGAGAUUCAAGUGUUGAUGGAGAUUCUAGUGUUGAUGGAUCUAUCAGUAGUUUGUAUGUAAUAAUGAGUUAGCUUACUCUGGUUAGAGGAGAUUCAAGUGUUAUUGUUGGUGGUU